GAGAUUUGAUAUCUAUGCACAGCUAGACAUAGACAAGGCUUUUGCAUACAUUCUUUAUCAGUUACACUUAUCACAAGUUUUCAUAUGUAGCUUAGUUUUUGUGAGACCAUUAACGAGAUGGUGAAUCUGUUUUGGCGCCGUACUACAGUCGUAGUAGUAAUUUUACUUUUAUUUGGUACUGUUGUGGUGGCUUCUGACGGAAGUAGCGAUGAUAAGACCAACGAAACAGAUAGCUCAUUGAAUAAGACAAAACGACAAGCAUCGGCUAUUCCAGCCAUAGAAACGUGCAAAAAGCUGCGAGAAGAGUGUCUGAGGUCGUGUCCAACUAUUAAGAAUUGCACUGAGCAAUGUCCUAUUUGUCCAACUUUGACAAAAGUCGAUCCCGUUAUCGAGAGUGAAGAAAAUAAUGUAAUUAAUCGUAAUUUCAUUGUGCAAAAUGGAAAUGGGACAGAAGAUCGAUUCUCAGUGAAACAUUUAGCAGGUGCUAAUUAUACAACGAUCAUUCGUUUGUCAAACAUCAUUAAUAACACAAACAUCGUGAAAGUUCCCACGGUCGUUAAUGCCACGAAUAUUAACAACAUAAAAAUAUUUGCGAAUUCUUCUGCGGAAAAUGACGGUCCUUUUGGCUUAGGUUUCAACAAUAAAUCGGAGCCAUGUUGUUUUGCCAUUCAUCCAAAGACGUGCCGACCUUCCCUCGAUGGUGGUUACCGGUGCCAUCAUAGACGCCACAAGAUGUGCAGCAACCAAUGCAAGUCUCGCCAAAUGCAUGUACAAGCAAGAAAUCGCUGUGUAUCUGAGAAAGGGUGCCAACGGAAAGUUGCUUAUGUACCAGAGCCACGUGUCACUUGCUCAUACGUGAAUUAUUGGCCAUAUGUUAAUUGUGGCGGCACUAAAUCUCGUUAUUCGUGUGCUGGAUGCUACGAUCAUUAUGGUUACGGAUUCUCAGCUUAUUACUCGAGAAAUGACGAUAUCGAUUGCAGUGGGUGUUAUAAUGAUGCUUUUGAUUACGGGCCAUUGUACCGUCGGGGACCAGUGCUUCGUCCUUUUUAUUAUCACGAACCACCGUGCUACAUUUCUGGUCGUUGUCCUUAUUCUGGAUAUUAUCAAAGUGAAUUUGGUCACUUUGGGCAUGAAUUGGUUGAUCCCGUUUUUGGUCCUGUAUAUGAUGAUGAUAAUUUGGAGUCCGACGAUAACAAUACUAUUUCUGAUUGGGGAGUCGUUCUCAGCAAAUGUAAAGUGGUAUCGGAUAAUGAGACUGUCAGCUUGGAAAAUUGUACAUUGGCUAAGGAAAAUCCAUUUGCUGCUGCACCAGAAAUACUUCGUAGCUUUGUACCACCACAACUAAUGGACUACGAGGAGAUGUAUUCUCAAUAUGAACCACCUAAAGUAAAUUUUAACAAACGAAAUCGAAAUAGUAAUAAACUAACAAGACGUCUAAAGCGAAAAACUAAGAAAAAUCUAACAUAGAAUUAGAUAAAAAUGUAUAUUAACGAAU